CCAUGGCGGAGGAUUGGCCAAUGGAAUACAGCAUCCACAGAGACGUCCUGGACGAAGGAGCUGUGGAUGAGAUGGCAGAAAAAUCUAACAGAAAAACAUCUGUGUGUGACAAGAUGAAGAAGUCCCUGAGGUGUUCAGGACCCAGACUGAAGAGGUGCCUUCUGGGUAGCGUCCCCGUUGUUUCGUGGCUGCCUCGGUACUCCAUCAGAGAGGACGCUCUGGGUGACCUGAUCUCCGGCAUCAGCGUAGGGAUCAUGCAGCUGCCGCAGGGGAUGGCGUACGCGUUGCUUGCGUCCGUUCCCGCCGUCUUCGGCCUCUACUCGUCCUUCUACCCCGUCCUCGUCUAUUUCAUCUUUGGGACGUCCAGGCACAUUUCACUCGGAACCUACGCUGUGUUGAGCGUGAUGAUCGGCGGCGUGACGGAGCGAUUAGCCCCCGACUCGGCCUUCACCAUAUGGGACAACGUCACCAACACUGAAGUAGUCGACAUCGUGUCCAGAGACGCAGAGAGGGUCAAAGUGGCAGCAGCCGUCACCUUCAUGUCCGGAAUAUUCCAGUUGCUGCUCGGUCUGGUCCAGUUCGGGUUCGUGGUGACCUACCUGUCCGAGCCCCUGGUCCGGGGUUACACCACCGGUGCCGCCAUCCACGUCAUCGUGUCCCAGUUGAAGUACACGUUUGGCGUCAGCCCCAAGAGAUACAGCGGACCCAUGUCGGUCAUAUAUACAGUGUUGGAGAUGUGUUACCUGGUCCCUCAGACGAACGUGGGUUCUCUGGUGGUCAGCAUCGUCUCCAUCGUCGGACUCAUCGCUGCAAAGGAGCUCAACACGUACCUGAGCAAAAGACUUCCAGUUCCCAUCCCCGUGGAGCUGCUCGGCAUCAUCAUCGCUACAGUCGUGUCCUGGCAGGUCAACUUAAAGGACAAAUACGGAGUGGACGUGGUCGGAGACAUUCCAUCAGGUCUCCAGCCACCUGUUUUCCCAGCUACCUCGCUGUUUGGUCAGGUGAUCGGAGACGCCUUCGCUCUGGCUGUGGUCGGCUACGGCAUCGCCAUCUCACUGGGACGAAUCUUCGCUCUGAAAUAUGGCUACAAAGUGGACAGUAACCAGGAGCUGAUCGCCCUCGGUCUGAGUAACAGCAUCGGGGGGAUUUUCCAGUGUUUCGCCAUCAGCUGCUCCAUGUCUCGCUCUAUGGUUCAGGAGAGUACAGGGGGGAGGACUCAGGUCGCUGGGGCCUUAUCGGCCGUCGUCAUCCUGUUCAUCACGCUGUGGAUUGGAACUCUGUUUGAAGACCUGCCCAAGGCAGUGCUGGCCGCCAUCAUCUACGUCAACCUCCACGGUAUGAUAAAGCAGUUCAUGGACAUCCCAGCUCUGUGGAGGACCAACACUAUAGACAUGGUGGUCUGGUUGGCCACCUUCAUCCUCACCAUCGUCCUGAACCCUGACCUGGGUCUGGCCGCCUCCAUCGCAUUCUCCCUUCUCACUGUCAUCUUCAGGACACAACUACCCACGUACUCCCUGUUGGGGCAGGUUCCCAACACAGACGUUUACAGGCCUCUGGAGGACUAUAAUCAGGUCCAACAGGUUCCAGGGGUGGUGAUCUUCCGUUCUUCGGCCACGCUGUACUUCGCUAACGCUGAGAUGUACCAGGAGGCUCUGGCCCGGAAGUCUGGCAUUGACAUCACUAAGACCCUGGCAGCCAAGAAGAAACUGGAGGCAAAAAGAAAGCGACAUGAGAAGAAAAUGGCCAAGAAAGCCAAGAAGGACGCCAAGAAAAACCCAGUGAACACGCAGGAGGCGCCACAGAGCGACCUGCAGAAUAAUGUGACCGUCAUCGAUGUGGAGCUGGAACGUGACCCGUCACUGCCCAGAACCAUCAUCCUGGACCUCAGCCCUGUCAACUUCCUGGACACUGUGGGGGUCAAGACGCUGCGUAACAUCCGGAGAGACUACGGAGAAAUUGGAAUCGAGGUCAUCCUCUGCGGCUGCCAAACCUCUGUGGUGCAGAACCUUCAGACCGGUGGGUUCUUCGGGGACAAACUGACCAAAUCCUGCCUGUUUACUUCGAUCCAUGACGCCGUUCUUUACUGUCGACCAGAAUCUGCACAAAUGAAGGUGUCCAAAGCCACAUAUUUGUGAUUCUUCUCGGUGGAAGGAACUGGAACUCAAACACGUAAACACAAACACUGAACAGACGACACGUGGGGUCACAUGGUCAACGUGACGGAUCCAGAACAUGCACUGAACGUCAUCAAACACCAAAAGCAACGAGUUCAUCUGAAAAAAACAUAUUUAUGGCAUUUCAUGUUGAAUAA